GAGAAAAGGCGUUUCCCGAGGAAAGUGAUAUUGUGGACCUGUUACUGAUCCUUUACGCGUUGGGAAAUAUCGACACAGCCGCGUCAGACUUUUAUUUUGUGGAGCUUUUACUUUUUAAAGCUUCAUUUUAGACUCAGUUUAGAUUUGAAUUUAAACUUUUAGUCCUGUUUUCCAUCGUCUAAACCACCGCUGUUGAUGUAGGCCUGCUGCGUCCACAGUAAAGGUGGCUCAGUGUCAGUCUGCACAUGGAGACUUACAGGAUGACCCAGCGGCUCUUUUACUAGAAUUAUAUCCUGGCAGGAGACGAGCCGAUCGGUGUGAUGAAGGAUCGACUGGCUGAGCUGGCUGUUAGCAGGACACACGCAGAGGAGGAUGUUGCAGUCGCGGUGGACAGAGAUGGUUUCAUGGAGGGCUUUUUCCGAAGGGUGGAAGAAGUUCGGGGACUUCUUGAUAAGAUCUCCUACCAAGUGGAAGAGGUGAGGAAGAUGCACAGCAUGAUCCUGUCUGCACCCAACCCGGACGACAGAACAAAGCAUCAUCUGGAUACGCUGACCAACGACAUUAAAGGGAAUGCCAACGUGGUGCGAACUAAACUAAAAUCCAUGGAGCAGAGCAUGCCCAAAGAUGAUGUAGCGAACAGAUCCUCUGUUGACUUCAGGAUCCAGAAAACACAGCACACGGUGCUGUCCAGGAAGUUUGUGGAGGUCAUGACCCAGUACAACGAGACUCAAGUGUCCUUUCGGGAAAGAAGCAAAGGAAGGAUCCAGAGGCAGCUGGAGAUAACUGGAAGAAUGACCACCAAUGAAGAACUAGAGAACAUGUUAGAAAGUGGGAAUCCAUCAAUCUUCACAUCAGAUAUCAUUUCGGAUUCCCAGAUCACACGUCAGGCCGUAAAUGAGAUCGAGUCUCGACACCAGGACAUCAUACGCCUGGAGACGAGCAUCAGAGAGCUCCAUGCGAUGUUCAUGGACAUGGCAAUGCUGGUAGAAACUCAGGGAGAAAUGGUCAACAACAUUGAGAACAACGUCUCCAACGCGGCCGAAUACAUCUACAGUGCAAAGGAAGAGACCAAGAAAGCAGUGAGAUACCAGAAGAAAUCCCGGAGGAAAUACAUUAUCCUCGCCUUUGCUCUGUUGAUCCUGCUUGCUGUCAUUGCACUAAUUGUUGGCCUGUCUGUUGGACUAACCAAACCGCCUGUAUGAGAACUGCUGCGAUUACAGUGCGAGAAACUUCUCUACCUUGCCGUGUGCGUGGUUGCAGGUUUACUCCUUUUGCUCAUCAUCAUAGUCGGAGUCUUUGAGUGACGGUGUUUACGUGGGUCACAACCUCACAGCAGAUGAAAAAAACUCUUCAUAAUGAGAUAAAGUCAUAGUAAGUUCCUUCACUAUCCAACAGCAUUACACAGAGAGGAUCUCCCGACCACAGGGAAUUAAGUAUAACGUGUGCGAUCCGCUCACGUUCCUCAUGAUACACCGCUCUGGAGCUUGUACAGCUAGAAUAAACUGUGAUACACUGAACACUGACAGCACAUCAGAUUUAUACUCUGGUGUAUGUUCUGUUCUGCUGCCAUUUUUUUCAUGUUGGGUAUCACUUUCAGACAUUUCUUGGUCAAAUGACUGUAAAGGAAUAGUUUUACAAUAGUUUGGAGAAUAGGCUUAUUUAGAGUUAGAUGAGGAGAUUGAUGUCUGCACGGUAAACGUGAAGCUAUCACCAGCAGCCCGGAUAGCUUAGCUUAGCAUAAAGACUGGAAAUAAAGGGAAACAGCUAGCCUGGGUCUGUCCUAAAGUAACAAAAACGACAUGUUAAGGUUAAACAGGGACCUUGCAGACACCAUAAACCACAUCCAUUAUCAUUAUUUGUAACAGCGAAGGCAGUAAAGCAGCUGCAGAGUCCGAACCACACCUCCACACUCACUUGUACACGAAGCUACGGUGGCUGAGGAAGACCACAGCGGAUCCAAACUUUAUUAAAAGGAGGCAAUUUUAGCAACUAUUAAGCAGAGAAAUACAGAUAACCUUGUAUAAUGUGGUCUAAUCAAUGAAUGAAUGCAAACAAAAGGUGGCUUAGGAAAACAAAAUCAUUAAAAAAAUACAAAUAUAGGUAUUUAAGCAGCUAUUAAGCAGAAAUAAUUAGGGUAAUUUAAUUUUUCCCCCCAAUUCAAUUGUUGCCAAAGCAGAAUUAUUAUAAUGAGAACUUUAAAAAGGACAAUAUUGACAAAAAUCAAUAGUCAAGAAAAAAUAAAAUAGUUAAUAAAAUAGAUAAAUGUAUUGGAAUAAUAUGUAUAUACACAGUAUAUAAGUAAUUAAGUUAUUGUUCAAUCGAAUCAAGUAAUUAAAACCAACAGAUGGCGUCAGUAAUGUAUGAACUGUGUUAGCCUAACUGCUGAACAUAUAUCUAUACAUCAAUGUUGAUAUUUAUGAACCUCAAAAUAUAGUUUUUAUAUGUUUUAUAACUUGAAUCAAUAAAUAACUUCACUUCAAAAUAAAUAAAUACAUUUGUCGUUUAAGUUCAACUCCCAGCACGUAACUCCCUCAUAAAAACAACAGUGUGUCGUUUUUACACUUCUGUUUGCGUAUGGAUUAAACAAACAAGAUAUAAUGUGGUGGUUUAUUUAUGGACCUCAGAGCCAGGCUAGCUGCUUCCCUUUGUUUCAUGUCUUUGUGCUAAGCUAAGCAUAUUUAGCGUACAGACUUGAGAGUGGUAUCAAUCUUCUCAUCGCACUCUUGCCAGGAAAGCAAAUAAGUGUUUUUUUUCCGAAAACAUCAAACUAUUUCUUUAAUAUUGAAUAUAUAUUGCGACAAAUGUAAUUGUCUUUAUAAACGGAUUGUAUAGUUUUUGUGUUUACAUGUUCACGUGUAUGUUCUUGUCCUUUUGUAUAUUUACUGUAACUCAUGUGAAUUGAAUGUAAAACUACUGCAGCUCAGGAGUCCUUUAGAGGUAGACAUUAUAUAAUUACUGUGCACAUUCCUAGUUAACUGUGUCUCAGUCUGAAGAAAUAUUUUUAGAGCAAUCAAAUGGAAUUCAGCAACCUUACAAAAGUGCCUCUUUGACAUUUAAUAUAAUUUAUUGAACCGUAUUUAUCACGAUCACUGUGUGUGUGAUGACUGAAAUAUUAAUUGUGAAAAGAGUCUGCGACGUAGGACUCUUGGAUCAUGUUAUUUUAAGAGCACACAUUUAAAUUUUUUUAUGUUUUUCUUAAGUUAUAUCUUGUAUUUUAUAUUGACACUGAAUAAUAAAGUUGUGUAAUUAAAAAAUAAAGAGUAAAAAGUC